AUGUUUGUAUAUUUUAUUGUUCCAGAACGCCUCAAUGUCUUGUACGAGAGGAAUUGGACGAGGCUGGUCCAUGAGCAGCUGCGUAAGUUCGAGUCUUCCAUAGUAGCCGCAGCGAGGCAGUCACCGGAGUCCCAGCCGCCAGAAUUAGCGCUAGACUCGAAGUGGACCUUCUCAGGGGCGCUCGUAUACUGCAUCACUCUAAUAACUACUAUAGGCUAUGGAAAUGUAUCACCGAGAACUGCAGCCGGUCGAGCAGCGACAGUGGCGUACGCAGCGGCUGGUGUGCCACUCACUCUGGCAUGUCUAGCUGGACUGGGAGCUUCACUAGCAAGACUGGCACGAAAGGCAUGGCUCAAGGCCACGAGGAGAAAAGUUCCCAAUUCUUGGGGAAAAGAUGGAGAGCUUGAAAACCACCUACAAUUGCACGAGCAACAACGAUUGCUACCGCAGCCAACAGAACACAACCAGUAUACGUCAUUCCCGCCCAGGAGUCACAGAUCCCCUGGCACUGUGAAAGCCAGGGCAGGGGACCGUGGACAGUACUCGCAAGUAUUUGAACGAGCGCCGUCGAGUCCCAGAGCGGCUACCCUGGGUCGAGUGAAGCGCAGUGCCUUGACUGAUGAGCCCCAUUCAUCAUCAGCUCUUCAAACUCAAACUUUAGACAGAAAGAAGACGACGAGUAUGAAAUGCCUGGCCACCGUACAUGGACCUGGCCGAGGGAGAGGGAAGGGAACUAUUCAGAGGCCAAGAGGACCAGCCAUAGAGCAGCUCAUAGCAGAAGAGUGCGGAGAACUGACGCUAAACAGGAGUCAAGAUGAUCUUGAUGAUUCAGAGGAUCCUGAUGAAGGAAUAUGUCCACACGACACCCCAUCACGAGUGCCUUUGAUCUGGAACGAGGAGAAUCACAAAAGCAAGAACUGUGCUAUACCUAGCAGCAGUGUGUCCACCGUUCAACACCACCACGGCAUUGACCACUGCCACAUACCAGUUGGCAUCGUCUUAUUCCUCCUCCUGGCAUACAUCUGCGUAGGCGCAGCCAUAUUCUCCGCUUGGGAGAACUGGAGUUUCCUAGACGCCGCGUAUUUCUGUUUCAUAGCAUUAGCUACAAUAGGGUUCGGGGACUUCGUUCCUACAAGCUUCCUCACAUCAAAAACAAACACAGACAAUUCAAAAAGUGAAUAUGUACAAAUGAUAGCUUGUUGUGCGUAUUUAGUUUUCGGGCUGAUAUUAAUAGCGAUGUCGUUCAGCCUCCUACAAGAUGAAGUGGUCGCUCGGUGUUCGCAAUUAGCUAAUAGUUUGGGGUUAUCUCGACAAUGACAGUACGAGAAGAGCGAAUGUCGCUCCACAGACAAUCAUUUAGGUAUGUUAUGAUCGUUAUUGUAAGAAGCCAGUGUAUGGAUCCUCAUUUAUUUUCCUCACAGGAUCCACCCCCGAUACUUCUCAUAUUGGACAUUGUAUUCAUAUUAUCAUUGUAUAAAUGAAAAUUAUUUUCUCAUAUCUCGAAAAAGGCAAAAUUAAUCUUUUAAAAGUAAACUUUUUACGGAAUUUGUACUCAAAAAUGAAUGAAGUUUGUGAUGUAAAUAAUGUAUAUUUGUAAAAGCAAGGCUGA